GUAGGGGGGGGGCUUCUCUUCCUCUCCCCUGCCCCAACCCACCGCGCUCCAGCCCGGCGCCUGGGCUCGGGGAAGAUCCAUGGUGGCAUCCCCAUGUCAUCCUGCUCCAAGUGACUUCAUGUGAUGUCAGCUUUAAAUGUACGAGGCGGUGAGCUGACGCUCGGGAAGAUGUUUGCUAUCAAAAUGUGACUGCGGCCGCACCGCGCUGCUUGGAUGCGUCUCGUCGGAGCCGGGCUAAGAGCCGAGCGCAGGAGCGAGCGGCCGCUCAGCCCAAGUUCCCGCACGGCGCAGAGCCAUGGCGAGCUCGGGGUCGCUGGAGACGGUUAUGCCUUCCCCCUGCCCCCGGCACGACGGCCGGGCCGCCGCCGCUAACCCGUCUAAGAGCCUGGCCUUCUCCAUCGAGCGCAUCAUGGCCAAGACGUCGGAGCCCAAAGCAGCCUUCGAGCAGAGGCACGGCGGCCCGGGGCCGGAGCCGGAGGCGGGCAAGAAGCCGCUCAGCUUGUGCUCGCCGCUGCCCUGCGUGAUCCCCAUCCCUCCGCUGGGCUACGAGGUGCCCUCCAAGACUCUCCUCAACUACUCGGAGCUGUGGAAGAGCGGCCUGCGGGGCGCCGGGGGGCUCUGCAAAGCCAACUGCGGCGUCUGCUGCAAGGCAGAGCUCGCCCUGGGUCAGCCCAGCGGGCGGCUCAUCAAGCCGCAGGUCAUCCACCAGGCGGGGGCCGUGCCGGCAGCCCCCCGCUCCCUCUAUUACUUCAACUACCUGGAUGCCGCCUACCACCCGGCCGACCUGCUGCACGGACAGCUCUUCCCCGCCGGCCUGCUGGGCCCCCCGCCGCCGGGGGUCUCGGCUCACCAGAAGCUUUUCCUGCUGGAGAACGCCAAGCUGGCGGGACUGGCGGCCGAGAACUUCCCGGGGCCGCUCUCGUUCCGGCGCUGUUCGGCCGCUCCUCGGUGCCGCUCCCCGCAUGCAGAUGAAGUGAUCUCACGCUCGCUUUCCGAGUAA